GGCUUGUGUGGGGGCAGCUAAGCAGGACCUACGGCUCAUGUGUCGGAUGGAUUCAUUCCAGUUGCUCUCGCUGGCUGCUGCCACAGUGGAUUUGCCUCUGUGCAACAGGGAGCUGGAGCUAAACCUCCUCUGUGCAUGAAAACACUCUGCAAACAUGGCUGGUAAAAUUCAGAGUCUGACUGAGGAGGAGAGGACCCACCUACUCCCCCUUCUACGCAAUGCUCAGUGGGUGGAGGUUGUGGGGCGGGACGCCAUUUACAAAGAGUUUAUUUUUAAAGACUUCAAUCAGGCUUUUGGUUUCAUGUCCAGAGUGGCUUUACAAGCAGAGAAGAUGGACCAUCACCCUGAGUGGUUCAAUGUCUAUAAUAAGGUCCAGAUCACUCUCAGCACACAUGACUGUGGAGGCCUGUCCCAGCGAGACAUCACUUUGGCCACCUUCAUUGACCAGGCAUCACUGAUGUGAGCAGCACACAUUAUCAGUCAUUUCAACAGUUAACUUGAAGGGGUGGAUAUCACAGCCUUUCACUGAUUCAUUCCGCUGAGGAUGUGACCUGCAAAUCCAAAGAAUAGGAGUCAGUUACUUCCCAUAUGUUGUGAAUAGCAUCGCUGUACAUGUUAAACUGCAAAGGGUCUACUGUGUUCAUAAAAGUAUGUUGUUGUUGUUGUUGGUUUGCACUUGGUGAAUAAAUGGGAUUACUGGCCAAAAGAAAAA